AAAUGCGCUUCCUCCUUAGUUCAAUUUAUUCCUUCUUUCGCACAACCCAGCAAAAAUGGCCCUGUCUAUGACCCGCAAGGCUGCUGGCGUCCGCGCUGCGCCAAGCCGCGCUCAGGCUGUUCGCCCUGUGCCGGUGCGGGGCCGGAGGGUCAUCACCUUCGCCGCCGUGGACAAGGCCAAGGUGCUGGAGGAUGUUCGCAGCAUUAUCUCCAACCAGCUGGGCACUGAGCUUGAGAAGGUUGCUCCGGAGUCGAAGUUUGUUGAGCUGGGCGCCGACUCUCUUGACACGGUCGAGAUCAUGAUGGCGCUUGAGGAGAAGUUCGAGAUUGCCCUGGACGAGGACGGCGCCGAGAAGAUUUCGACUGUGCAGGAGGCUGCGGACAUGAUUGCCUCUCAGAUUGCCGCCAAGGGCAACUAAACGACGGAGCUUGUAAAGGGGCGAGCAUAAGGCAUUUUUGUUAACUGCCAUGGCGGGUGUACGAUUAGAAUUUGUCGGCUGCAAGGGUGUAGUAGUGCAAGGUUGUGCUGUCGGAGGGCCCAGCCCCCGACAUCUGGGUAUUGCGUCGUGAGGUUGCAACCCAACGUAUGUGCGUGACCUGACCAAGGUUCUUGGGUAUACCUAUUGCAGCACGGAUUUAGAGAUAUGCAGGAUGCUACCCCGAAGGCAUGUCUCUUGUGCAAGCUUCGGAUUUUGUUUAGCACCUGGGAACGGUGAUCGGCCGGUGAUCUGUCGGCAACAAAUGUUGCUGUAUCCUCCUGUAACAGGGACAAGACUGAUAAAUCUCUCGACGUCUCGAGUAUGCAUUGUACGGCAAUAUGGCGUAGCAACGGCUAAUAACGCC